AUGACUGCUACGUCCGGCGCUCCCACGACUCCGCCGUCCGCGGUGAUGGCUCCGCCUAAGCAGGCUCCCAUGGAUGCCACGCCGCCUUCCGGAGCGCGCACGUCGAGCAUCGUGUCCCAGCAGCCGAUGAGCGAGCCGAGGCCUGAGAUGAGCCGCCUGCGCGGAGGGGGUAUGAGCUUAGGGUUCGACUGCUGCGGCGGCUCUUGCCGCUUCCACAAGGCCUGCUGCUAG